AUGGCCGCACCCCCUGAGAAGACGACCAAGAACCUCACCGGCAAGUGGAACGUGAACUACACGUACUCGGACUCGAGCGAGCCCGGACUCAUCAUCCAGGGCAUCAGCUACCUGGUGCGCAAGGGCAUCCUGGCGGCGACCCUGACGCUCGAGACGAACCAGUACGAGGCGGCCCCCAACCCGCCCAACGAGGACGCGCCCGCCUGCUGGCACGUCGACAUCGUGCAGUCGGCCUCGGGCAUGAGCACCGAGGAGCGCCGCUGCCUCGACAACACGUUCCGCCAGCACUCGGACUGGCUCUUCGGCAACGUCCGCGGGCGGUCCACGUGGGUCGGCGUCGAGGACAUCGAGGACGAGUACCUGAAGCGCGGGUGGCUGGUGGAGGGCGAGAAGGCGCUGAUCCUGUCGCAUGCGGAAUCGGAGGACUACGGAUGGGUGGCGGACCAGAUCUGGGGCUUCCAGGAGGUGGACGGCCAGAGACGUCAUUGCAGGAACAUCGUGGUGGCCAAGGAUGCGGAGCGCGCGGAGUUUCGCUUCGUGUAUGACUAUGAGGAGUGA